GCCAUCCCUGCCCCGUCGCCCGCGUGCGGUGUGAGGCCUGACGGGACAGCGCGUGGGGAGGAGCACGCGGGCCCUUCCUCCGCGGCCAGCUGGCGCCGAGGCCGGAGCAGAGAGAGAGCAGCGCCGCGUCCGUCCGCUGGGAUGGUGUCGUUCGAGGACGUGGCCGUGACCUUCACGGGGGAGGAGUGGCGGGCCCUGGACGCCGCGCAGAGGACCCUGUACCGCGACGUGAUGCUGGAGACCUACGGCAGCCUGGCGUCCCUGGGGCGCUGCGGGAACAAGCCGGAGGUGAUCGUCAGGCUGGAGCAGGCGGCGGAGCCGUGGGCUGCGGCGGAACCCCCGGGCCGGAGCCUCUCGGAUGUCCCCGCCGUGGGCGGCCUGGUGGAGACCCCCCGGGAAGAGCGCCAGCGGCCGUGGCGCGUCUCCAAGAGCAGAACCCCAGCGGGGGAGGCCGCUGCCUCAGGAGAACGUGCGCCCUUGAGCUCCGCUGAUCAUUGCACCCCGACUGUGACGAAGGGCGGCUGCUCAGGGAGGCCUGCGGGUACAUCCAGAUGGUUCCGCAUAGUGAGUUCGCCAGUUGGCCGUCCUCGCGGCAGCGGGAGAAGGCUGCCCGUGUCUUCUCCAGCAUUUGUUUCUGGGGCUCUUCUUGGUAGGUGAGAGGUAGUAGCUGAUUGUAUUUUUCAUCUGUGUCUCACUUGCUAGCAGACAGACUUUUUUUAAUAAGUAUUUGGCCUUCUGGAUGUCUCUGGUGAGUUCUUAAUAUCUGCUGACAAUCUUUUUGUUGUUAACUGGUUGGUUUUUCUGUUGUUUAAUUGUAUGAUUUUAAAAAAACAUUGUCAAUUUAAUGCCUCAUCAGGUAUAUUUUGUGUUUUCUCCCAUCAUCGGGGUGUGUAUUUGUCUUACAUUUUUCCUGGCUGUACAGGUAAGUUGACAUAAUACCAGUUGUUUUUUUAAUUCCCGUGCCAUGGUUGGAGCCAUGCCAAAUCUCUCUAUUGUUGAUACCAUGGAAUAUUUCACCAGUGUGUCCUCCUGUGUAAUUGUUGUGUGGCCUACACCUGAAAUUUAAUCCACAUGGUGUUUAUUUUUGUGCAAGGUAUUAGGGAGUUGCCCAGCCGCAGUCCUUCGGGUCUGGACACCCAGUUCCAGCACAGUUUGGUAAAGACACUCUCUGUUCCCAUGUCAUGUUCGCAGUUGGUUGUCACGUUGGAUGUUGAUACACGUGUGGAUUUUUUCUGGACUUUGUUUUGCUCCAUUGAUCCAUGUGUCCAGUUUGGUAUCAGUAACAUGGCUUUUAAUAGUGUUUCCAGUGAAGUUUGGAAUCAGAAUCACCUACCUCCAUUUCUCUCUUCUUUCUUAAAAUUACUUUUGCAAUUUGAGGCCUUUUGUGGUUCCAUAUGAAUUUCAAUAUUUUCUUGAAACGUAUUGCUGGGAUUUUGUCGGUGAUGGCAAUAAACUGGUCUGCCAUUUAGUCAGCUUCAUCACAUUGAUCAUGUUGAUUCUCCCCCAUACCUCUGCACCUGCAGAGGUUGUCCUACUCUCUAAUCCAGUCACUGUCAAAGUUCUUUAGUAAGAUUUGUAAUUCCUGUGUUAGUCUUUUACCUCCUUUAUCAGGUUUAUUUUUAGUAUCCCUUUGGAAGCAAUUAUAAGUGGAGUUGUCUUAAUUUCUUUUGCUUCUUAUUUAUUGUUUGUACUUCACUAUCUCUUAAUAUUUAUUUAUUUAUCUUGAAGAAGAACUGGGGUGCAGAGCAGAAGAGCGGGAGGUGAGAGGAUUCACCAGAGAGAGAAUGGGGAGCAGAGCAGGUGGAUCAACUGAAACCCACUGCUGAGGGGAGCAGCGGGGAGACGGGAGAGGUCUGCUGCGCCCUGUGGGUCGCUCCCUGGCUGGGAUGAACUCAGACCAUAGGGGUGACAGCGCUGAGACUCAACCGCUAGGCCACCAGGGAGGCCUCCAUUGCUCUUUAAAAAGCCUCAUACUUUGCUGAGUUUGUUUUUGAGAACUUUUUGAUGGCCUGUAUAGCGCUAUGUGACUGACAUAGUGUCUAUAGAUAGUGAUUGUUUCCCUUCUUUUUUCUUACUUGGGUUCUCUUUAUUUCCCGACAGCUUUUGCCCAAACCUCUCGCACUAAGUUCAGCAGAAGUGGUGGCACUGGACGUCCUUAUCCUGCCUGGAGCACACAGGGAGAGCUUUCAGAUGCUCACCCUUGGCUGUUACGUCAACUCUGGUGUGCCUUAGAUGAUCUUUUUUAUAUUGAGAUAGAUUUAUUCUCUUGCCAUCUUAUCAGAAAUGGCUGCUGAAUCUAAUCACAUGCUUUCUCUGCACCUGUGUGAUUUUUAUCCUUUGUUGAUAGAAUUUUUUUACAUGGAUGGUUUUAUAUAAAAGCUUGCUUCUCUGGAUUAAAUGCCCCUUGGGAAUAUGAUGCAUGACCCUUGUAAUGUGUUCCUGAGUUCCAUGUGCUGUUAUUUUGUGGAUUUUGCAGCAGUGUUCCUCAUGAGUUCUGCAUGUACUUUUCUUUCAUGGAGCUAUUUUUUGUCUCUUUCAAUAUUAGUCUUGGCACCAUAAAAUAUACUGGCAUCAUUUACUGUUCUUUGGGGUUUUGGAAAUAAAUCUGAGCAAGAUAACCGUAAGAUUUACUUUAAAGAUUUGAUAUAAGUCAGUAGUAAAGUCAUCUGACCCUGCUCUGUUUCUUAUGGGGAGGUUUUAGUUUGCUGUUUCAAUCUCUGUGGUUUUGGCCAGUUUUCUCAGCUCUUUAUCCUUGUUGUUUAGUCUCGGUAAGCUGUCAUCUGCAAAUGUUUCCAUUUCUCGGUGUUGGCGGAAUUAUUGGUCCGUCACUGUCCAUAGUCAUGUCCUGUGAUCCUUUGUAUUUCUUUGCCAUCUGGUAAUUUUCCCCUUUCAUUUACUAAUUCUGUGUAUUAGUGCUUUUUCUGAUUCAGAAUUGAUAGUGUUUCUAAGAAUUUGCAUGUUCUCUUCUAAUUUGUCAUGUAUGAGGUCAUGGUCUUAUGUAUUUUUGUAGUAUGAUUUGUAAUGUUGAGUUUUCUCUCCUUUUUGCUUUGCUUACAUUGGCUAAAGGUUUGUCACCUUGGUUUGUCUUUUCAAAGAACUGUCUUUAAUUUUUCUUCAUGCUUUAUUUUGCUCUCUCUCUCAUUUGUUUUCCCUCAUCUUUGUUAUUUCUUUCCUUCUGAAAACUUCAGUCUUAAUUUAUUCAUCUUUUUCUAGUUCCUAGCAAUGCAAAGUUAUAUUGUUGUCUCUCUUUUGGAGAACAGUCAUGGGGGAUUUACUAAAAUGCGUGGCUGAAAGGAGCAGGGGGUGAAAAUCCUUGUGUGUUCUGUGAAACAAUGUGUGUUUUGCUGUUGGGUGCAGUGAACUGUAUGUCCCUUAAGUCUGUUUGUUCUAGAUUGUGGUUCAAUUCCAACAUUUCUUUGUUUAUUUUCUGUCUGGAUAAUCCAGCCGUUGCUGACAGUGUGGUACUGCAGUCCCUCCAGUUGUUGUAUGUUGUAUGUUCUGCCUUGGGUCAGAAGCAUUAUGCUCAAAGAGGGCAGAAUCCUGGAUCUUAGGAUACGCUUGGCUCACUUUCCACGUUUUCUUCCCAGAAACACUUGUUUUAUGCAGGCCCCCCAUGCCCCCCCUUCACCAGGAGCAGCCAAUGGCCCUGUCGCCCCGUGAUGCGUUCGAGAGCCCGGCAUGGGGGAGGAGCGCGGGCGUGACCGCACAGCACCGCCUCCUGGAGGGAGCCGCCUGCAGGCGGAGUGAAUCGUCUGGUGUUUAAUUGAUGGGAACCUGGAAGACACUGUUCAUGUUCUGUGGGCCCCGGACUGUGUUGUCUAUGAUGAUGUCACGCUGCCCCGUAAAUCCCCAGGUCACUGGACGGGUCCUGCCUCAGCGGCGGGAGGGGAGGGCACAGCAGGACAGUCCAUUCAUGGUGGGGGGCUGGGUGCCCUGAGACCAGCUCCCCCGCCCAGGGCUGACUUGGCUGUCUCCGGGGUGGUGGGGUGUGGGCCAUGUGAGAGCAGCCGAGUGUUGGUCUUCGCUGCGAGUUGUGAGUUACGUGCACGUGUAUGUUUUAUGCACGUGUGUUAGAUGUACAUACAUGUUUUAUGCACGCGUAUGUGCACCGAGAUUUGUAUUAGACAUGCGUGUUCACACGUGUGCACAUAUCAACGUAGAAUAGGGAGAUACUUCACAUACUACCUAUUCUGUAGUAUGCGUGUUUCAUGUGAGUGGGCUAUGUAUUGUGUGUAUGUGUGUGGCGUGUGUGGUAUGAUUUCACACCAUGUCAGGGGGCCUGGCCGCCCCCCGGUGUAUCACCCUGUGCGAACGAGAACAUGAAUGUGUCCUCAGUCGAUUUAUCACAAAUGUUACCUCCUCUGGUUGCAUUAGGCGCGGGGGAUUGCUUCGGCCAAAGUGAUUGCCUCAGCCUCGUAAACUUUGAGUGUAAUUGUCUAAUAUAAUAACACUGUUAUUUUCAUCUUCUAGUUAAAGGGUGUUUUUUAAGGAGGAAAAAGUCUCCAACUGCCAAAGAUUUUGUUUCUAAAAUUUGUUAACUCAAAAAUUACCAUAUAAUUAAACAUAAUUGCAGCUGAUGUUGCCUUAUUUGAUGUUCUUACAUAGACUCCGACUCUCCACUCGGAAUUUUUGAUGUUUCAAAAACAAUUUAUUUUCUUCCUGGCAUUAACCCAUUUUCAUGUAUCUAAAAAGCAGCCAAUUUGGGGGCCAUAUAAAGCGAGUAGUGAAAUGUUGACUUGUGUUGUAGAAUUCCUUUAUAUUUUUAAAAAAUUCUUAACCACUUGUGUGUCCACUUUUGCUCGGGGCUGACCACGAUCUUUGCUGAGGGCCGAGUUAGUCCGUGGGGCGGCUUCACGUGGUAGAAGGGGCAGAAGCGAAACCUGAGGCGGCCCAGGUUUGCUCCAGUGUGGCGGCGCCCACGGUCCAGCGCGCCGGGCCCCUCCCAGACCCUCCUGUGGGCCCGGAGCCCCCCUCGGGAGAGGAGCCGGCGGGAGCCCCGCGCCAAGCUUCACUGGGGGCUUAUGUGUGACUCACUCACUCACGUGACCCUGGGUCAGCUGCCAGGAGCUGGGA